AUGGCGAGAGUAUACGUGCUGUGCCUGCUCCUGAUCUGCUGCCUGGACAGACUCUUGGCCAGAACCCACAACGGGGCAGGAAGAAUGAAAGAUCAUCGGCUGUCCAGGCCAUUAAUUAUGCCAGGUUACCCAGCAAACAUCACAGCAUCAGUGGCCGGUCAGGCAAAGCUGAUGUGUAAAGUCCAUCGACCGGUGUCCACCAAGGUGCAGUGGUUGAAGGUGGGGCUUGUUGGACCGGGCCAUGGUGGACCACCGCACCUCAGACCCCUCACGCCCCUGCAAAGCAAUAUGUCCAAGGUGAGCACGCUGCAUCUGUCUAACAUCAGCAUGGAGGAUGCCGGCGAGUACGUCUGCAUGGCUGAGAGCAAACACAGAGGGAAAACUGUGCAAGCUAUGCAGUCUGCGUGGCUGGAAGUCCUUCCAGGUACAGGUAUUUCCAAAACGCUGGACUCGACUGAAACAGCAAUUUCACAAGCAGGGAUUCUUGGGGACCAGAGUAAGAAAACCACAGAGCAUCUCCUACUCGAGCCAGGCAAUGUCCUGAAACUGCGCUGUGACAUGACUACUCGGCCGGGCAUGGCGGUGAACUGGUACAAAGAGGGAACCCGGCUAGUGCCCACACCACGAAUCCAGAUCCGAGGCACCGUUAUGAUGAUCGCUGACAUUACAUACGAGGACUCUGGAGUUUACGUAUGUGUUCUCCGUGGAACCAGAGGACCCGUGAAGAAUUUCACAGUCACCGUCACUGACUCACUGGGCUCAGGAGAUGAUGAUGAGGACAACGGCUUUGAUGAUCCAGCAGAGAUUGAAAAUGAUCAAGUUUAUGUUUCCAGAGGUCCUUACUGGACUCACACCCAACGUAUGGAGAAAAAGUUGUAUGCCGUACCGGCAGGCAACACGGUAAAGUUCCGUUGCCCAGCCAUGGGCAGCCCAAUGCCCAGUAUUCGUUGGCUCAAAAAUGGAAGGGAGUUUAGAAGCGAGCACCGUAUUGGAGGCAUCAAGCUGAGGCAUCAACACUGGAGCCUGGUGAUGGAGAGUGUUGUUCCGUCAGACAGAGGAAAUUACACCUGCAUAGUGGACAAUAAAUACGGUUCCAUUUCUCACAGCUAUGUCCUUGACGUCCUGGAGCGCUCCCCCCAUAGACCGAUCCUGCAGGCAGGUCUACCAGCCAACACCACAGCAGUCGUGGGCAGUGACGUCCAGUUCCAAUGUAAAGUCUACAGCGAUGCACAGCCGCAUAUCCAGUGGCUCAAACACAUCGAGAGGAAUGGCAGUCGAUACGGUCCUGAUGGGACACCCUACGUCCAGGUUCUCAAGACUGGCAGUCUGAACACAUCCGAGGUGGAGGUGCUCUACCUGUCUAAGAUCACCAUGGAUGAUGCAGGAGAGUACACAUGUCUGGCAGGAAAUUCAAUCGGUUAUACCUACCAGUCAGCAUGGCUCACCGUCCUGUCAGAGGAAGAAGCUACAGAGUCCAUGGACACCAUCGAGACAAAAUACACUGACAUCAUCAUCUAUGCCUGUGGCUUCCUGGCUCUGAUCAUGGCCAUUGUCAUUGUGGUUUUGUGUCGGAUGCAAGUCCACCCAAGACGUGAGCCAUUUGAUGCCCUUCCGGUCCAGAAGCUUUCAAAGUUCCCGCUGCGCAGACAGUACUCGGUGGACUCAAAUUCAUCGGGGAAGUCCAGUGCGUCUCUAAUGAGGGUGGCUCGCCUUUCAUCCAGCUGCUCUCCCAUGCUGGCUGGAGUGAUGGAGUUUGAAUUACCGUACGACCCCGAUUGGGAGUUCCCUCGGGACAACUUAACACUUGGGAAACCUCUGGGGGAAGGCUGCUUCGGCCAAGUGGUUAGAGCAGAGGCCUACGGCAUUAACAAGGAUGCUCUUGACCAGGCCAAUACUGUGGCAGUUAAGAUGCUCAAAGAUGAUGCCACAGACAAAGAUCUCGCAGACCUCAUCUCAGAGAUGGAGCUGAUGAAGGUAAUGGACAAACACAAGAACAUCAUCAACCUCCUUGGAGUAUGCACACAGGACGGACCUCUGUAUGUACUGGUGGAAUAUGCCUCGAAAGGCAGCCUGCGGGAGUAUCUUCGAGCGCGACGGCCACCGGGCAUGGACUAUACUUUUGAUGUGACCAAGGUUCCUGAGGAACAGCUCACCUUCAAGGAUUUGCUGUCUUGUGCCUACCAGGUGGCCCGAGGGAUGGAGUACCUGGCCUCAAAACGGUGCAUUCACCGAGAUUUGGCAGCCAGGAACGUCCUGGUGACAGAGGACAACGUAAUGAAGAUCGCAGACUUUGGACUGGCCAGGGGCGUCCACCAGAUCGACUACUACAAGAAGACCACCAACGGACGCCUGCCAGUGAAGUGGAUGGCACCGGAAGCCUUGUUCGACCGAGUCUACACGCACCAGAGUGACGUGUGGUCAUUCGGCGUGCUCAUGUGGGAGAUCUUCACCUUGGGGGGCUCGCCGUAUCCUGGUAUUCCUGUCGAGGAGCUCUUCAAAUUGCUGAAAGAAGGCCACCGCAUGGACAAGCCAUCCAACUGCACCCAUGAACUCUACAUGAUGAUGCGUGAGUGCUGGCACGCGGUUCCCACCCAGAGGCCCACCUUCAAACAGUUGGUGGAGCAACUGGACAAGGUCCUGCUGUCCAUCUCUGAUGAGUACUUGGACCUGUCGACGCCCUUCGAGCAGUACUCGCCGUCAUGUGAGGACACGUCCAGCUCGUGCUCCUCGGACAACGACUCGGUUUUUGCCCAUGACACCGUUUCUACUGAGCCGUGCUUGCUGGGCUACCGAGACGCGCAGACACGCGGGGAACCUAAAACGGCGGUCCGAUAA